UGUGAGUGUGACAGGAUGGCAGAGGAAAAGCGCCAGAGUCCUGGAAUUAAGAUCGGGACCGUUAUCCAAAGUCAGAUUGCGACUGACACCACACGGACCCCGGAGCGCACCGGAGCCGCAGCGCGUCAUGUUUGCUGAUGCGCGACCGGAACUUUUUGACUAAUCAAAUUGCAUUUUUCUGUGAAAUACUCCGGGAGAAAGUAUGGACAACAGCUGCUUUGAGGAAUCGUAAUUGCGGUGCGCUCAAAAAGCACACGAGUAACAACUUCACUUUUCUUUAGAAAGGCGACAAAGUGACAUUUCUGCGCGUCGCUCGUUUGCGCUCGUCAGAAGUUUUUAAAGUGCUACAGAAUUCUUCGCUUUCAUUUGGGACGUGCAGGAAAUAUUGGAAAUAUGACAUGAUGGAUGUAUUUUACUGCAUCUGUGACAGGAGUGCUGUCAUGUUUUAACACAAGUAAGAGUGUUGCAGUCUAACGUGGUGAUCUAUCCAUUCAUACUUGGAUAGGCGUAACUAGUUCUCAUUGCUGUGUUUUUCAUCACUGAUACUUUAUUAUCAGUCAGAAAAAAUUGUGCCCUGAUGUCAUGGGCUGACCUGGGACCGCACAGUUGAUAGUGUGGGGGACAAUGUCGGGACCCUGCGUCCGCAUCCCGUUUUGGGUUCGUGUGUUUCUCCUGCUGCUGUUUCACAGAGUCUCUGCGGGCUGUCCGGAGCUCCUUUCCAGCGGCUGCAGCUGCGCAGAGGACCGCGGCAAAGCUCACACUGCGCCCGGGGCGCGGAGAAAAGUGAGUUGCGUUGGGAAGGAGCUGACUGAAACGCCCGAAGUCAGCCUGCUUCCCAACAGAACCGUUUCUCUGAAUCUGAGCAACAAUCGUAUCCGCGUCCUGAAGAAUGGCUCCUUCACUGGCUUGUACUCCCUUGAGAAGCUGGAUCUCAGGAAUAACUUGAUCAGCACCAUCAUGCCUGGAGCCUUUCUGGGUCUCCCAGCUCUUCGAAAACUUGACCUAUCCAGUAACCGAAUUGGCUGUCUGACUUCAGAAGUGUUCCAGGGACUUACCAACCUCACAAAAUUAAACAUCUCUGGAAACAUCUUUUCCUCUUUGGACCCGCAUUUGUUUGUGGAGUUACACUCUCUAAAGCUGGUAAACUUUCAUUCUGAGUUCCUGUCAUGUGACUGCGGUUUGCGAUGGGUCCCGGGCUUUUUCCGCAGUAGUUCUGCUCGACUCGGGGACGAAACACUUUGUGCGUUUCCCAGAAGACUUCAAAAUAAACCCCUGCGCCUCCUGAAAGAGAGUGACUUCAGCUGUGAGGGUCCGCUGGAGCUGCACACGCUGUCUCUGUUACCCUCGCUGCGGCAGGUCGUGUUUAAGGGUGACAGGCUGCCUUUUCAUUGCACUGCUUCACUGGUGGACAAAGUCACUGCUCUUCACUGGCGACACAACAGACAGCCUGUCACCACUAACCCUACCAAUGGGAUUCAUCUAGAGGACAGUGUACAACAUGACUGCACCUUCAUCACCAGUGAGUUGAUCCUGUCAAACGUCCAUGUUGAUGCGAGUGGUGAGUGGGAGUGUGUGGUUUCCACGGGCCGCGGAAAUACCUCGCGCAGUGUAGAGAUAGUGGUACUGGAAAACAGCGCCUCCUUCUGCCCAGAGCAGAGAGUUACUAACAACCGAGGGGAGUUCAGGUGGCCUAGAACUCUGGCUGGCAUCACCUCCUACCAAUACUGUCUGCAGCUGCGCUACCCCUCCUUGUCUAUAGGGAGUGGCGUGGAGCAGAAAAAGGCUUCACGAAACUGUGACCGCUCUGGACGCUGGGAGGAGGGAGACUACUCGCAGUGCCACUAUACUAAUGACAUCACACGCGUCCUGCAUACCUUCAUACUGAUGCCCAUCAAUGCCUCCAACGCUGUGACUCUGGCACACCAGGUGCGCUCAUACACUCUUGAGGCCGCUGUUUUCACGGACACGGUCGAUGUUCUUUAUGUAGCUCAGAUGAUGAACAAAUUCAUGGACUACGUAACAGAGCUACGUGAGCUGUCUGAGGUGCUGGUGGAAAUGGGUAGUAACCUGAUGCAGGUAGAUGAUCAGAUUCUGUCUCGAGCCCAGAGAGACGAGAGAGCCUGCAGUUCAAUCGUCUACACACUGGAGACUCUCACCUGGCCUCAGCUGCACUCUCAAGCACAGGACUUCUCCAAAAGUUCCCGUAACAUUGUGAUGGAGGCGCACAUGAUUCGUCCUGCUCAUUUUACUGGCAUGAGCUGCACGGUCUAUCAGAGACGAGAGGGGGCAGGAGGGAGCCAGGGGCAUGAUGUGAUUGAAUCUCCCCUUGAACAGCAACUGCGAUUUCGCUGCACCACAGGAACACACAACACUUCACUGAACGCUUUUCAUCUCAAGAAUGCAGUGGCUCUUGCUUCUGUGUCUCUCCCUGCGUCUCUUUUUCCACCAAAUGCUCCUCCUGACUGUAAGCUGCAGUUUGUGGCAUUCCGCAAUGGAAGAUUCUUCCCAUUUACCAGCAAUUUUACCGGACAUUCGGACCUUGCCCGCAGACGUGGCGUCAAUACUCCAGUUAUCUACGUUGGCCUUGAUGGUUGUAGCAUGUGGAAUCAGUCCGAUCCCAUUAUUGUGUCACUACGACACACGUCACCUGGAAAUGACCCUGUUGCUGCACACUGGAGCUUGCAGGCGCUGGAGCAUCAUGGGAGUUGGAGUCCGGAUGGCUGUCAGUUGGCCCAUAGUGAUGCGUCCACCUCUACACUACGCUGCUCUGUUCUGAGCAAUUACGCUGUACUUCAGGAGAUGCCAGAUUUCCCUGGUUCGCCUUCGAUUCCAGUGGAAGUGCUCCAUCCAGUGAUCUACACCUGUACUGCAGUGCUGCUCCUCUGUCUCUUCACCAUCAUCAUCACCUAUAUACUGCAUCACAGCUCAAUCAGAAUCACAAGGAAGAGUUGGCACACCCUCCUGAACACUAGUUUUCACAUCGCAAUGACGUCUGCAGUAUUUGCUGGAGGCAUCACUCUGACUGGCUACCCAAUUGUAUGCCAGGCGGUGGGGAUUGUUCUUCACUACUCUUCUCUGUCCACUUUGUUAUGGAUCGGUGUUAGCGCCAGAGUCAUCUUUAAAGAAGCUUUAUUAAGGACUCCACAGCAACUAGAAGGAGAUUCUGCUGUACAACCAACCCAGCGGCCCAUGCUCAGGUUUUAUUUGAUAGCCGGCGGUGUCCCACUCAUCAUAUGUGGUAUCACUGCAGCUGUAAACAUCAAUAACUAUGGAUACAACAUUCAUUACUGCUGGUUGAUAUGGCAACCCAGUUUCGGAGCUUUCUACAUUCCAGCUGGACUGAUCAUUCUUGUGACCUGGAUCUACUUCCUGUGCACUGCUUUCUGCCUGAGGCAGAAGUCAAAAGACCCUCCUUGCUCUGCCUCUGACCCCUCAACCUUGCCUGAGAGCCAACCGGCAAUCAGUGGCAGCACCAGCCUGCUCUCGACGGACUCUGUGGUGGGCCCGGUGCAUGCUGGGACACCAGUGGAGGACCAAUACUCUUUGAAGGUUCAGUGUUUGGCGCUGGUGGUGACACAGUUCGUGUUUGUGGGGCUGUGGUGCUGUGGCGCUAUGGCCGUUUGGUACGUGGAUAGGGAGCGGAAACUCUUCAGCUGCCUGUAUGGAGGAACAGCUACCGGAUUAGGGAUCUUCUUGGUGCUCCAUCACUGUUUCAAGCGUUUGGAUGUCCAGGCAGCAUGGCUAAGUUGUUGCCCAGGGUACCGUCGCUCCCAGCCCAUGCCAGCUUAUUCCCACCCCUGCACUGUCACCGUAGGCGUACAGAGUGCCUCGGAAAGGGGCUCCCAACUUUUUGUAGGAUGUCAUCCACCGACGGACACCAACAAUUACUCUUCUUCUGCCAGGUCUUCAUCUACUCAAAGUGGAACGACGAGUAUCACCGCCGGGCCUUGCAAACUCACCAACCUCCUUCAAGUGACACAAGACAACGUGAAUAAUGCUCCCCGAGCACCAUCAGGAACUAAUACCAACACAAGCACAAGCACGGACAACAACAAGCCGGCCAACAAUCUGCUGCCCAGUCUACUGCCUGUCCAGCAGCCUCAAAGGAGGAAGGCUUGUAGUAGAACCAGGGGUGGCAAUACCCAGUACCACCACCGAGGGGACGGCAGAGGGCACUACCGCCUUAAAGCUCUCAGAGCAGGCGGAGGAGGUAGUAUGGGUGCUUUGGGACCUUCUGGGACAGAACAAUCAAACAUCCACCAUCUACACAAACACGCUUCCAGUGAGAAUGGAAGUCUACGGAAUAGCCAUUCAGAGGGUCAGAAUGGCAUUCUGACCAAUGGGCGGCACAGAGGGGAGGGACUAGCAACAAGCCCUUCGGAAGGUAGCGAUGGAGGUAGCAGUGGAAGUAGGAAACCUUUUCCGCUGUUGCCUUCGGUGGCAAGUAGGUCUGCCAUGCAGCAGAACGCUCAACGUCGCAGCGCUAGCAAAGACAAUCUUAAACUGGCAGCCGCGGCUGAGAGGGAAUCGAAGCGGAGUUCAUUCCCUCUAAACGUGACAUCAAAUGUCACUGCGACAGCCUCGCUGACGACAGUUUCAGCCCCAAAUGGAACACUAAAGGGAUCUGUGGUGGAAUUGGACACUAGUGGAACUGACCAAUCACAGGGUUCGGUUGGUAUGAAGAGCAGGGUAUGGAAGAGUGAGACAACUGUAUAAUAAUGAGCUGCAGGUAGAGUUGAAAGACCUUGAAGGUUUCUUGAAGGAAUGACUAUAUGUUAGGAGCCAAAGCAUGAAUUUCUUUCUCUACAGCCCUGCUGAAAAACUAGUUUAAACCAGUCUAAGAUGGUUUGUAGGCUUAGUUGGUCUGUGGGCUGGUUUUAAAGGACACUUUUCAGCCAAGCUAAACAUCAGCUUGGCCAAGCUGGGAGACUAGCUAAACCAACUAAAACCAGGAAACCAGUUUAUCAGUGUUGUAGAACUCAAGACUGGAUGAAUGCAUUCAUAUUUUUUAUGGUCUUUCUGAGCAUUUGUGUUCAGUCUUGACUCGGAUUCCGAUUCCAGUCUUGAGUACUACAACACUGUGGAUAUGUUUUGUAGUUUGCACAGACUUGCACAUAUCUGCUGUGUCUCUGGACUGGAGCACAAGGUUUUCGUGACACUGUCAUGAAACCAGGCUACAUUCAUGACCCUUUCAGGUCACUGUCUUAAUUUGGACUAAAGCCCAAGUAUACUUAGGUUUUGUACGUGUACGCUAGCAUAUGCGUACAGUCGAAUGCAUAGCCUUUCAGAGAACACUCCAUUCAAUGUUGUGCGUGUUCUAAAAAGCUUCAUCCUUGUCCAGUGCCUGCUCUAUUUUUCCCUAUAAGUUAUGACGAUAAUAUAUUUUUUGAACUCUUAUAAACCAAAGCUGGGCUAUCUGGUACCCUCGUCAAUGUGAGCAUCUGUUAUUUUUGCCGUCUCGGCUAUAUUUUUGCUGUUCCAUCUCUUUAAUUUCGUUUUCUACUGUGAAAAACAAUGGCCUGGGACAGUGUUGCCACCUUGUGGAGCAACUGAUUACUGCAAAAAAUUCAAUUUGCAUGUGCGACCUGCACGUACAAAGUACGCACGGUUACAAAAAUUCGGGUGAUGUGCGUACAGUACACGUGUGUACACGUUCUGAUGAUAAAAUUUACGUCAUGCGCACUGUCCGCUAACCCUUGCAUACGUGUAAAAAGUGAAGUAUACUUUGGGCUUAAGACUCGAGACCUCUUCUUUUCAUUCACUUUCAAGUACUAGGACACUGCAGCUUAAGCCCAAAGUAUACUUAAUUUCUUUACGCUUAUGUGAGGUCAGCUUAAAGUGCAUGUGACGUGAAUUUCGUUAUCAAAAUAGUAUGCACACCACCCAAUUUUGUAACCCCACGUACUUUAAAUGCGCAGGUCGCACAAGCGCAUUGAAUUUGUUUUGCAGUAAUCAGUUGUUCCACAAGGUGGCAACACUGUCCCAAGCCGCUGUUUCACAGUAGAAAACAAAACUAAAGAGACAGAACAACAACAACAGACACUCACAAGCGCUUGUGAGCAAGAGGGUAUGAGACAGCCCACCUUUGGAUUAAAAGAGUUGGAAAAAUAAUUAUUGAUUAUAACUUGUGGGAAAAAAAUAGAGCAGGCACUGGACAUGGAUGAAGCUUUCUAGUGUCGACUGCCUGUGUUUGCAGUGGAGUGUACUUUAAAAGGGUACAUGGUCGAAUAGUAGUUUUUUCAUUGUAAGCAUUAGUCGACUAUUAGUCGCACGUUUAUUAAUAAACCAUAUAAAUCAUAAUAAUGAGCCUUUAAUUGUCUACAUAGUCUAAUAAGUGCUCAAGUGCACGCUAAAAAGCUUGCCACAGAACACCAGCAGAUACAACAACUAUGAAUGUAUCAGGGAAAAACAACAAGGAGACUGCAUUAACAUUUACUAAUUUAUCUCCUCAGUAAUGAUGUGCCUGUAUGCAUGUCAUACAGAUUACAUAAUCUGAGAAUAUUGUUUUCUAUCUGAAUUGGUUCAUUAAAAGUAGACAUUUCAUUCUCUAUAGAUUUAUUUUUCAUGCCAUGUAAUACACAGAGUUUUGAAGUUUAGCCCUAAAGUUCACAGAGACCAAAACGGCACAUCCUGUUUGGUUAAUUAUUUUACAAAAGGGUAAUGUUUCAUUGUUAUUGUGAGUGCACGCAAAUAAACAUGGAUUCGAAAGAUAAAAGUUUUACUUUUAUCUGUAUGACCAAAAAUGUAUUUUAAGAGCAAGCGACCGCACCGGCUAACGGCUAGCAAACUAUUAGAAGGCAGGCCUAAUGCAUACGCUAGUGUACAUGUGCAAAAACAAAGUAUACUUUGGGCUUUAGACUGGUUUAGGCUGGGAUUUUCAGCAGGGAAGAGAAGCAUUUGGCUCCUUUUAUGACGAACCACCUACAUUUGUACAUUUCGAAAGUGUUCUGUGGUCUUGGAACCGUCCAACAUGCUAAGAGCUCAUGCUAAGCAUGCUAAUAAGAAGUAGUUCUGUGAGGCUGUUUUAUAUGAAGAAAAAGAAAGGUGUAUGUAUGCAAAACCAGAAUCCUCUAAAAAGACAUUGGUGGAUGAGUAGGUUUGACAAAAUAUGCAAAAUCCUUUUGAAUGCUUUUGUUUGCCUGUAAUACCACUUAACCUAACAAACUUUUUGAACGUAAUGAAUCUUUUAAUAUUGAAUAUGCCAAGGGAUCUGAACCUAAAGUUCAGCUGUGUUGAUCUUUAUGUUUCUAACUAUGCAUAUCGAUAGGAUGAAGGACCGUCUGCUUGUUACCUAAGUUUUUCUUGUUUCUUGUCUUUGUCUCGUGUGUUCAUAUGUUUUUAUUCACGCUAUUUCAUUUACAUGUUUGUAAGAAUGUACAUUGUGUUAUGUAUGUAUUGUUUGACCAUUACAGUGUUACUUCAACUCUCUGGCACUAAUAAGCAGCUUUUGACAUUAGUCCCACACAAAUUUAAAAAACAAAGACUUGCCAUUGAUUCAUCCACAUCCAACCAUUUCCAUCCAAUGUUAAUUAGUGCUGGGAACUUCAUUCUUGUUCUUAGAAGUUGUUCAGCAGAAAGUGAACUAUUGCAUUCUGUUUUUACUGAAUAGGAAUCAUAUGGAAAAUGUUGCUUAACAGUGCCCUCUAUUGGGCUAUUUCUGCCAUUGAUCAAAUGCACUGAUAAUGAAUGCUGUUGAUGGACAAAUGAUAUCAACAAAGUGACAGCUGCUUCAGAUGUCACUCCAAGGGAUUUGAUAAUGAAGGGCAAGUGUUUGUCCAUACAUGUUCUGUUGUAGCACCAUGUGUAACAUGGGCUUUUUUAGCACUUGGUUCAGGUUAUGAAAAGAGCAUUUGGCAUAUUCUUAUAAAUAAUGUUGUAUUUAUAUUAUACAUAUCAGUAUUAAUAUUGAUGUAACUGUAAUUGUCAUUAUGCAAUUUUAUGAUAUCAGUAUUUUACAGAGAAUUGGCCUAUUCAGUUUUAUAAACUUUCUGUUUUUAGUCUGAAAGCACACUAGCACGAAUCUAGACCUCCCACGUUUCUUUCUUCAGAUUAUUACUAUAUAGAGCAGGUUUUGUUUAUUACCAAGCACUGUUCAUCUAACCACAAAUGGUUAGUAAGAAGAGCUACUAAUCUACCUAAAAUUGUUAGUACCCCUUCCUAAGCUUAUGCAAAGUUCUGAAGAAUUUGUGAUAACAAUUAUUUUCAAUGUCUUUUGUUUUUCAAGAGUGUCACAAUGUCUUUUUCUCAUGACAGCAAAGAACAGACAAUGCUGACUGCCACGAAAAAGAGGAAUUCAGAUCUUUGCACUGACUGUUUUUUUCCCAAGGCCCACAAGCUAUCAGAUACUGACUGUAGUGCCAUUAUUUUUAGAUCGCAUCAUGACAAAGUCACAAGCUUUGCCUGUCUUUAGCUUCAGCUACACUUUGAUUAAAAUGAAAUAAUUUUAAAGUAUGUUCAGGGAUAUUUGUAUGCCAAAGAAGCUUAGCAUAAGUAUGAGCUUAUUUGAUAUUGUGUAGCCUCCCAUUUGUCUUUUACCCCUUCAAGCCAGGAUUCUCCCUUACAAUUGUUCAAAGACCACAUAUUGCUAAAGAACCAUUAAAAAAAAUAAAAUAAACGUUAUUUACGUUAACGUAAUUAAUGCAAGUUAAACUAUGGAUUAUGAAGGUUUAUAAUCACCAUCAUGUCAUUACAGAUUACAUAUUGUAUUUAAUUUUGUUUGUAUAUGAUUUCAGUGCAUUUGAAACUACCACAACAAAGAAUGUAGUCAAAUAAUACAGUGAAUUUGUGGCCUGCUCAAAGUUUGCCAUGUGUAUGUAUGUAAUACUUUUUUUUUUCUUUUCUUAAAAAAAAGAUUUAAAUUUUAAAUGGCUUAUUUGUGGAUAAUGGUUUCAUGUGAUGUUGUGAUAUUUGCAUGAACAAUUUCUUUUUGCCUCUGGGUAGGCCUAGAGCUUCUGAGGGUCAGUAUAAAUUCAGUGUUAUCCUAAAUAAUGUUUUGAUUGUCAUCUCGACGUUUAAAAGGGAGAUUU